CACCUGGGCGGCAUGACGAGGCUUGUCACUCUCACACGUUUCCAAAGCGACAUGGAGCUCACAGACUACAUUAGCUACAUAUAGUUGACAUACUAAAUGAAUGUUGCUUCGUUGCAUCCCAUAUGCACUGUGGUGUGUUUGAGUGACUCUUGUCCUCAGUAAAGAAUGAAAUCAACGUGAGUACUAUCUGGUAUUGUCUGGGGGUGCACGCUCAGGAUGUGUUAUGAACUCUUAUAAAGACUUUGACAUAUGGUCUCCCAUUAAUACUGAAUGAAAUUGCCAUGUCGGUCCAGAAGGGGUAAAUUUCUAGAGACCGUUGUGUGUGAAAAUUCCGAGGAGAUGAGCGGUUUCCGAAAUGCUCAAACCGGACCUUCCGGUACCAACACCCAUGCCACGAUCGAUGCCCCGGACAUCACGCUUUUCCUUCGUUCUGAUGUUUGACGUGAAUAGUAACUGAAGCUCGUACCUGUAUCUGCGUGAUUCUUUGCAUUGCGCUGCUACCACAUGAUUGACUGAUUAGAUAACUGCAGGAACAUGCAGAUGUACAGGUGUUCCUAAUAAAUUGGACGCUGUGUGUGUGUGUGUGUGUGUGUGUGUGUGUGUGUGUGUGUGUGGGCGUUUUUUCUGACAGAAAUAGCCUAAUGGAGACGGGCAACUUCCAUCUCUGAAAUGACUUAUGGAAAUGAAAUGACACACACACACACACACACACACACACACACCAAACCACCUCCACACACUCUCAUAAACUGUUUUAGAGUGACACCGUGCCAUUCUCAAGUCCAACUGUAUUGAUGAUCAUUUUUACAGCGUAUGUGCCAUGUUGCUGUGGCAACCAGUGUGAACCACGGAAUGCAUGAGGCAGAGAUGGAGAAGAGGAAAGAGAGAGAAUGUGCGUUUUUUUUUUAUUCUAUAUUUUAUUCUACAGAUUUUUGUCCAGGAAGUUGGAAAUGGUUUUUAUUUAUUUAUUUCUUUUUUACUUUCAACUAUUCAGACACUGACUCUCUGGAAUGCUAGUCAGUAAGUCCUGUGACAGCUCCUGCUGUUAUGAUCACACACACACACACACACACACGUGAAGCAGAGUGUGUGUAUUUGUAUGUGUGGGCGAGCUGUUCUGAAAUCCUGCACUCCUCUGUGAGUCAUUCCCUCCAUAGCAUUGUUACAGCAAGACAUGAUGGAGGUGAAGAGCGCCGUGGCACCCUGGGUUAACCCUGCUGCAGUCUCGUUCGGCAGUGAUGCCGGGCAGAGGGUACAUGUGGAGUUCUAUGUGAACGAGAACACCUUCAAGGAGAGACUCAAACUCUUCUUCAUUAAAAACCAACGCUCCAGUCUGCGCAUCCGGAUCUUUAACUUCUGUCUGAAGGUUCUGACGUGUGUGCUUUACAUCAUACGCGUGAUGACCGAUAACCCAGCUCAUCUCCGCAACACAUGUAUGAAAUGCAACAGCACUUCUCAGAAUGAUGAGAUAAACUGGGAGCUGAUCUUGUGGGUGGAUAGAAAAACUCCUGUGUGGGCAAUUCAGGUGAUAGUAGCAUCAAUCAGUUUCCUGGAGGCCAUGCUGCUCAUGUACCUCAGCUACAAGGGAAACAUCUGGGAGCAUAUAUUCCAGGUGGGAUUCCUCCUGGAAAUGUUAAAUACCGUCCCCUUCAUAAUCACGAUCUUCUGGCCGACUCUGAGGAACCUCUUUAUCCCUGUUUUUCUCAACUGCUGGCUGGCCAAGCAUGCUCUGGAGAGCAUGAUCAAUGAUUUACACCGAGCCAUCCAGAGGACACACUCUGCCAUGUUUAACCAGGUUCUGAUACUUAUCUGCACGCUGCUCUGCCUCGUCUUCACUGGCACGUGUGGGAUACAGCACUUGGAGCGAGCCGGGAGAAACCGUCUCUCUCUCUUUAACGCUCUUUAUUUUUGCAUUGUCACUUUUUCCACCGUGGGUUUUGGUGAUGUAACGCCUCAGAUUUGGCCUUCACAGUUGCUUGUGGUGGUGAUGAUCUGUGUGGCGCUGGUGGUGCUUCCCCUUCAGUUUGAAGAACUGAUUUAUCUGUGGAUGGAGAGGCAGAAGUCUGGAGGAAACUACAGCAGGCAUCGUGCACAGACAGAGAAACACGCUGUGCUCUGCGUCAGUUCCCUGAAAAUCGACCUGCUCAUGGACUUCCUCAAUGAGUUCUAUGCUCACCCACACACACAGGAUUAUUAUGUGGUGAUCCUGUGUCCAUGUGAGGCUGACAGUCAAGUUAGAAGAGUUCUGCAGAUUCCACUUUGGUCUCAGAGGGUCAUAUACCUGCAAGGCUCCGCCCUAAAAAACCAGGACCUCCUUCGAGCCAAGAUGGACGAUGCGGAGGCUUGCUUUAUUCUGAGCAGCAGGAACGAAGCGGAUCGAAUGGCUGCAGAUCAUCAAACGAUACUGAGAGCAUGGGCAGUGAAGGAUUUCGCCCCGAACUGCCCCCUCUACGUCCAGAUCCUGAAACCUGAAAACAAGUUCCAUGUCAAAUUUGCGGACCACGUGGUGUGUGAGGAGGAGUUUAAGUACGCGUUAUUAGCUCUGAACUGCCUGUGUCCGGCCACGUCCACUCUCGUCACUCUGCUCGUCCACACGUCCCGCGGACAGGAAGGUCAGCAGUCUCCCGAGCAGUGGCAGAGGAUGUACGGCCGCUGCUCCGGGAACGAAGUCUAUCACAUCCGACUCAGCGACAGCAUGUUCUUCAGAGAGUUUGAGAGCAAGAGUUUUACCUAUGCUGCUUUCCAUGCACACAAAAAGUAUGGCGUGUGUUUGAUAGGGAUAAAGAGAGAGGACAAUAAAAUGAUCCUGCUGAACCCUGGUCCCCGUCAUCUCAUGGCUGUUGGAGACACCUGCUACUACAUCAACAUCACUAAGGAAGAAAACUCUGCAUUUACUGUCAGACAGGAAACGCAUCACAGGAAGAAACAGAGAAACAGUAACAUUCUGAACAGCCCUUCUGAGCUCCCCGUCCACAGCAUCAUCGCUAGCAUGGGAACCGUUGCGAUGGACUUCCAGAACACAAGCCCGACAGGAAACACGGCCAACCUGGCACUACCUUCAGAGAAUGGACCAGAAAGUCGCCGAACCAGCAUCGCUCCCGUUCUGGAGGUUGCGGACUCUGCUUCCUUACUGCCGUGUGACCUCCUCAGUGACCAAUCCGAAGAUGAAACCGCACACUCAGAUGAGGAUGUUCCCUCUGUCUCCGAGUGUGUGAAAGGCUAUCCUCCUAACUCACCCUACAUAGGCAGCUCACCAACGCUGUGCCACCUCCUGCUCAAUAAAGCCCCGUUCUGCUGUCUGCGUCUCGACCAGGCAUGUGAGCAUGUUAGCUUUGAGGAAGCUAAAGCAUAUGGCUUCAAAAACAAGCUCAUCAUUGUGUCGGCUGAGACUGCGGGAAACGGCCUGUACAACUUCAUUGUGCCCCUGAGAGCCUAUUACAGACCCAGAAGAGAACUGAACCCAAUCGUGCUGCUGCUUGACAACCUGCCUGAUGAGCAUUUCCUGGAAGCCAUUUCCUGUUUUCCAAUGGUCUACUACAUGGUUGGAAGCAUUGACAACUUGGACAGCCUGCUGCAGUGUGGGGUGCUGUACGCUGAUAACCUGGUGGUGGUGGAUAAAGAGAGCACGAUGAGCGCUGAGGAGGAUUACAUGGCAGACGCUAAAACUAUUGUCAACGUUCAGACCAUGUUCAGGUUGUUCCCCAGUCUCAGCAUCAUCACAGAGCUGACUCACCCGUCCAAUAUGCGCUUCAUGCAGUUCAGAGCAAAGGACAGCUACUCACUGGCUCUGUCCAGACUAGAGAAGGUGUGUCUUUUUUUUUUCUAUCUGUGUGUGUGUUUUCUUCAGAAGGAACGUGAUAAAGGUUCUAAUCUGGCCUUCAUGUUCCGCCUGCCGUUUGCCGCCGGCCGAGUUUUCAGCAUCAGCAUGCUGGAUACACUCCUGUACCAGUGUUUCGUCAAGGACUACAUGAUCUCGAUUACACGUCUGCUGUUGGGGCUCGACACCACACCUGGAUCGGGAUACCUGUGUGCUAUGCGUGUUCGUGAGUGUGACCUGUGGAUCCGUACAUAUGGAAGACUGUUCCAGAAACUUUGCUCCACGAGCUCUGAGAUCCCUUUUGGAAUUUAUCGCACUGAGUCCCACAUAUAACCGGAAUCCCAAUGUUCAGGUAGCGCAGAAGGAUGGGCAGACACCAAGGAGAAGGGGGAGGAGCCGAAAGUACUGAUUCAUAGUUCUUCAGGAAGCGACCAAUCAGAUCACUCUGUUUUGAGGAGGAAGAGCAUGCACUGGACACGGCGCCUGAGUAGGCGGGCCAUGAAGAGGAGCGACUCUGCUUUUUUCUCUGGUCAGACCAAACAUGGCGUGUCCCGGCUCUCGGAGAGGGCAGAGUUAACGGAGCUUGUCAGGAAUCGCAUGCAGCACCUAGGCCUACACACAGGAUUCAAAGACGUCACCAAUCUGACAGCCAGCGAUGUCAUGAACAGAGUCAAUUUAGGUUACCUACAAGGUGAGCUGAAUGACCAGCAGAACUCUCUCUCCUACGUGCUGGUUAAUCCUGGUCCUGACACGCCUCUCCAGCUACACGAUGUUGUGUUCCUGAUUCGGCCAGAUCCGCUGGCUCACAUUCCAGACGAGAGCACGACCCGGACGAAAAGUUAAACCGCACGUAACCUGUGCCAAUCUUGUAAGGUGUGAGCAAAACCUAAGACUGCCCUGAAAUGAAUUUUUAUAAGUUUAAGUUUGGAAUUUUCAGUCAAUUUCUGGAUCAUACCAAUGACACUAAGACAGAACUAAGUCACUUUUUUUUUUAAUCAGGGCAGUGGUAGCUCUAAUUGGACUACUAAUUGGACUAACUGGACUAGUAAUCAGAAGGUCAUUAGUUCAAAUCCCAGCACUACCAAUCUGCCACUGUUGGGCCCUUCAGUAAGGCCCUUAACCCUCAGUUAAUUAGAUUAAAUUAGAUAAACGUAAGCCGCUCUGUAUAAUGAUGUUUGUCAAAUGCCAUAAGGACCUGUUUUAUUAAGUGAACAUAACGUCCUGUAGCCAAACAGCGUUAAGACCUUCAGCUGUAUGGAGUAUAAAUAGUCUUACUUUUAGGCUUCUGAUUAAACAAAAGUGUUAAUAACGUGUAUUAAUAACACUCUCAAUUGGAAGUCAAUGCCAGGACUCAGGAAUAAAUUUGUUUUGCAUAUCCUUAAAGUCAUGUUCUAAAAUUUCUGUCCAGAACUUUCUCUAUAUUUUGGCUAAUCAGAAGCGUAUCUAAUCACUACUCUAUCUUCUUUUUUAAUUACUGGGAAGUUAAGGGCUAUGUGUAUAAGUAAGGACCAGUGUCGGUGAUGUGGGACAUCGUUAAGGACCCUUAGGUUAUCAGGUUGCAUUCCAAGAUCUGUCCCAAAACACAUACAGUAUCUCACAGAAGUGAGUACACCCCUGACAUUUGUGUAAAUAUUUGAUUAGAUCUUUUCAUGUGACAACACUGAAGAAGUGACACUUUGCUACAAUGUAAAGUAGUGAGUGUGCAGCUUGUGUAACAGUGUAAAUUUGCCGUCCCCUCAAAAUAAUUCAACACACAGCCGUUAAUGUCUAAACCGCUGGCAACAAAAGUGAGUACACCCCUAAGUGAAAAUGUCCAAAUUGGGCCCAAUUAGCCAUUUUCCCUCCCCGGUGUCAUGUGACUUGUUAGUGUUACAAGGUCUCAGGUGUGAAUGGGGAGCAGGUGUGUUCAAUUUGGUGUCAUCGCUCUCACACUCCCUCAUACUGGUCACUGGAAGUCCAACAUGGCACCUCAUGGCAAAGAACUCUCUGAGGAUCUGAGAUCUUUGGUUGUUGUGAUAUUUAUCUGUCAGAGUAUAGUCUGCUGGCAUGAUUCUUAGCCUUCUGGGUAAGACUAGGUCCAUACUGAUCUGUUUAACCUCUCCAAAACUCUUGUUGACCUUGGUAAACUGGUCUGGAGUUGGAACAUUAAAAAACAACUACAACCUGGAGAUAUACAAAUGGCCGUGCCUCCGUUUCAGUAUUGCUUUUAAAUCACCCUUGUCAUCUUGGGCGUAGUAUUUCCUCUUGGCGGAAUCACCGUGUCCCCUUGAACAGCUGUUCCAUUAUUUUUGUCAGCUCCAGUGAAGUUCAUUAGAUGACCAGUAGAUGUCAAUCAAGUUAACAUUAUUGUGGACUUCUUUCAGAAGGUUGUAGGUAACGAGUGCGAUCCGUAGGAAUUACAGAACUGUGGCCUCACUCAAGUGUAAACUGUGUGAAAUCUGCAGUGUGUCUUUAUGAUGAGCAGGUGGAUACAAAUAUUUAUAUUUAUAUUUAUAUUUACAGUAUAUUUAUAUUUAUAUUCUAAGUCUGAAAUGUUUACAGUUGUAGUCUGAUCAGUAGAG